CAGCCGGAGCGGGCUAGCCUGGGCAAGUAGGAGCUGGUGGUUGCCGGCGACACGUGCGGGGCGGAAGAGGCGCCGGGAAUUCAGAGUGCUGUCCUGCGGAGAGACCGCCUCCCUGGCGUCCCUUGCUGCAGGCUGUGAACUGACUGGCAUGGUCCAGGGGGAAGGCCCUGGGUCUGCUCAGUGCCUGUCCAACACCAGCCUGAACGCCAAGGAUGUGCUACGGAGAAGGCACAAGAGGAGGAGCCGACAGCACCAGCGCUUCAUGGCCCGGAAGGCCCUGUUGCAGGAGCAGGGGCUGCUGAGCACACCUCCGGGGUCAUGGUCCUCCCCAUCAGAGGCACCGCCAGACUCUGAAGCUGCCCCCGGCGGGAGCCAGCAUUCCAGGGCUGGAAGUGGUGGCACUGGCCUGGGCAGCAGACGGCCAGCCCCCGGGGAAGCCUUGAGGCCCUCGCCCAGCAAGUGUGUGGCUAUCGACUGUGAGAUGGUGGGCACAGGACCCCGAGGGUGUGUGAGCGAGCUGGCCCGCUGCUCCGUAGUGAGUUACCAUGGUGACGUCCUCUAUGACAAGUACAUCCGGCCUGAGAUGCCCAUCGUUGACUACCGUACUCGCUGGAGUGGUGUCACGCGGCAGCACAUGCGCAGAGCCAUCCCCUUCCAGGUGGCCCAGAAAGAGAUCCUUAAGCUUCUGAAGGGCAAGGUUGUGGUGGGCCAUGCACUGCACAAUGACUUCCAGGCCCUCAAGUAUGUCCACCCCCGGAGCCAGACCCGUGACACCACAUGCGUCCCGAGCCUGCUCGGCCAGCCUGGCCUCCACACCCGAGCCCGAGUCUCCCUGAAGGACCUGGCCCUGGAGCUGCUGCACAAGAGGAUCCAGGUGGGCCAACACGGGCACUCGUCAGUGGAAGAUGCCGCCACAGCCAUGGAGCUCUACCGGCUGGUGGAGGACAGGUGGGAGCAGGAGGUGGCCAGCAGCCAGUGGUCAUGCCCCGAGGACAGGGAGCCCGACAGCAGCACUGACGUGGAGCAGUACAUGGAGGACCAGUACUGGCCCGAAGACCUGGCCCCUGGUGCCGGGGCAGAGACGGGAGAGGCGCAGGAAGGAAGGGCGUGAGAAGUUGGAGGGUCGGUGAGGAGCCCGGGCCGGGGGACCUGGGCAGUGCAUCCCGGUAGGAUGUUGGAUGGUGCCCAGGUCAGAGCUGCUGCACCGUCUGUGCGCUGAGCCUGCAGUGUGGCCCUCCGAGGGUUGGCGGUUCUUGUGGCUCCUGUGGUUUUACUGAUGGCACUUCAUAGACUCUGGAAAUGGCAGGUGGCAGGAAUCCGGGCAGUGCCAGUGGCCAUCCCAGGCUUUCCACAGGGCACCAUGUGGUGCUGUCUGUAGUGCAACACCCCCUCUCCUCCGGGGUCAGUGUGCUGUAGAUCCCUUACCUCAGUUUGGUGACAGUGUAGAGUUCAGUUCUUGUCGCCUAACUUCCUCCAGGGUCAUGUUUGGGUUCUGAAUAACUGUCCUGCAGUGAAAGAGUUAAGCCCUCUUUUCUUCUCAUUCUCUGUGCCGAAAUUCUGACCACAGCUACUGUAGCAUCCUGGGCCCCUGCGGGGCCUGUCCCCACCCUGCUGGGCUGGAGGGACCAGCAGAGCCCAGGGGAGCUGAAUCCUUCCCAAGCUUAGCAUCAGGUCCUUGAGUACAGGCUGGCCAGAACAGCUCUGAAUGGGAACUGACACAUUCACUGUGACCCAAAUCCAGGGAUUCCCUGCCCACCCAGCAUGGGGCUCCCCUGUGCCAAAGGAUACUGCAUGGUGGUUUGCAUUAAGCCGUGGCCCCAGCAGAGCUGUACCCGCCCUCUUGUGAGCAGGGCCCCGUCUCUGGAAUCGAGAGUGUCUCCUGCCACAGGUGUGGCAGCUCCUGUGCCUGCACCUCCCUACUCUGAUUGAUAUUACUGUGACUGCUGGGUUUUAGAUUAAUUUCUGAAAGUGCCAUUUCCAAAGGAGCAGUUUGGGCCUGCCAAGAAGACCAAGGGGCUCUUGAGUCCCAUCUUUUCUGCCUCUUGGUGUUGAGACUUGGGGUGGCCUGUGAUUUCCCCCAGCCUGUUUCCCCACUGAACAUGGUGAGAGUGGCAUGGACUCCCGCAUAGGGUAGGGAAGCUGCUAAAGGCCAGGUGCCCAUACUGUGCCCGGCCCAGCUUUUGUGAAUGGGCUGCUGACCUUGAGGGGAACAGCACAGGAAUGCAGCACGGACAUCCAGGUUACUUGGAGCCAUGGUUUGUGGCUCUUCACAGGUCAGGGAGGGGGCAUUGCCACACGCACCCCACCACCGUCGGUGUCUGAGGCUCCCACCCCAGGUCAGAGCCUGUGGGCACCAGCUUCUCCCUGUCAGCAGAGCAGGCAGCUGGCCAAGUCCUGACAGCCGCUGGCCUGGUUCAGGCCUUCAGUGUAGCUGAUGCCAGAUUCAGAACCAAGCAAUAGCUUGGUUUGCGGAUUGAAGGGAGAUGGCGCUGUAGGGAAGUGCUGUUGAAAAUUGCUUUCCUACAGAACCAUUUGUUCUGGAAAGUGCUCUGCCGGGAGAGCAGGUGAAGUGGCCUUUGCCUGAAUCAUCUGAUGUAUUGGGCACCCAGCUUUGCCGGGUACUUUGGCCUUACAGUGAGCAUCUUUUAAGGUGGUGGGAACAUGGCAAAAGAGUAACAGCUACAGAAUUAUAUAAUUUUUAAAAUUUUACAAUUGCCCUAUUAUAAAGCACAAAUUUAUUUAAUUUCUCCCUAAAACUGUGUACUCACUUUUUAAGUUUUUAAACCUGGGAUAAAAUGUGUAUACUAUAAAAUUUUCCAGCUCAACCGUCUAUAA